GAACUGCUAUAUAAAUUGCAUGCACACCCCCUUUUCUAUGUCUAUAUUGACUAGACUAUAAGAAGCCCUACUGUAAUGUAGCAAUAUUGGAAAUGUUGAGGUUGACAUUCUUCUCAACUAAAAGACUGAAAAUUAGGUUGUAGGUUGAGCUUAUAAGAUUGAGGUGUUUGUUGGGGUUUUAAAGUGUCAACUCUCCAAUCAAUAUUAAUAUCUAGGUCUGAAGUGAGUUUGAUUCAAUUCAACAAGCAGCAAAAACACUGAUAAUAAUUAAUAUUAUUCAUCCACUAAUAUUUUUGUUAGAGUACAUUUUUCGCAUAAGUCAUUUUUUGUCUAGCAAUAUUCGGGCAAUUCAAAUAUUGGAUUUUUUCUCUAUCUCUGUACUGGCCAUACAAAACUCCCUGAAAUGGUCUCAUUUGAAAAAAUAUAUAUAAAAUCAACAAACUCACAAAAAUUGAUACAUCUGCAACUUCUCUUAAUACGUUUUUAUGAAAAUUUGAUCACUCAUAUCAAAUAAAUACACAAAAAUAUCCACCAAUGCCAUCGACGCUCAUGAAGUAAAUAAAAACAUAAUUUCAGAGGCAGUUUCCUAUAAUGCAUUUCCUUUUUAUUUUUAAAGGCUCACUAACGUCUUUCACGUGCUUGUGUAUAUUUAUCAUUAUCUUUUCUUCAUAAACAUUAAAUAUUAUCAAUUUCAGUUUAAAAUGAAGAAGCAAGUAUCUCUCCCUAGUAUAGUGAAGACAAAAGUGAAUAGUAAAGUGAAGGAUAAACUAUUUAAAAAGAAGAAAUUUUGCUUGUUGCACAAGAAGAGAGAACUGAAACAGUUAGUCAAAAAUCGAGGAGUUGUACACAUCAAUCACAUUCCACACGGAUUCUAUGAGGAAGAACUUUUCAAAUACUUCUCUCAAUUUGGUGUCGUUACAGCUGUCAAGGUCCCACGCAGCAAUAAGACUGGGAACGCGAAAGGAUGCGCGUUUGUUGAAUUCGAUGACAACGAUGUGGCGCAAGUAGCGGCCGAUGCCAUGAACAACUAUCUUAUGUACGAUUGUCUUCUCAAAACUAAGUACAUCGCCCCCGACGGACAGAAGCCGAUCAAAUUUAACAGAAGUGGCAAGCCCUGGGUGAAUGGAAGCCCGACGUUUGCGGCCGAUAUGAGACGAAAAGAAGACAGAAGGAAUAAGGAGAAGCCAGUCAAUGAUCUCGAGGCUUUUGCCAAGAAAACAAGGAGUUCUGUGGCCAGAUUGCACAGGAAGCUAACCUCCAGGGCCGGAGUCGACUAUGAGUUUCAGAUUGACGACUGAAAGCUACUAAAAAACCGGAAGACAGGACACCGACUGAUGAUGGGGAUGACACUGAUGACGACAUCAAAGUCAAGAAACUAAAAAACUUCGAAAAAUGACCUGGCACAAGUGGCUGUCAAGAAAGCGAUCCACAAGGGUAAGAAAAAAGUGUCCUGAAGUGAUACAAAGAAAAAUCUGGAAAACACUACGAAAGUAAUGAAAAACAGCCCUGAAUAAAGUUGUGGUUAACAAGAAAGAAGCGCUGAAAAAUGCUACCAAAGAAGUGUUUAACCCAAGCGCUACGAGCGGAGAGAGUCAACUACAAGUCACGAGCACCAAAUUGUAAAGGAACGCCCUUCUCAGAAGUACACAGAUUCACCCUAUACUAUCAGCAUUGAUUCAAUUUGAAGCAUCCAUUUGAUGCAUACCUGAGGAAUACUGAGUACUGUCAGGUUGAAGUGAAUCUCACCGUAGGUAGUGAGAAGUCAGGUGAGGUUUUGGAAUUAAUUGGAGAGGUAAUUAUGUGGAUUAUUAUUGUAUUCCUAAUAAAACGGUAUCCCGCAGUUACAAUACGGUUUUUGUUUGCUCUACAAUAAUUGAGUUGAAUUAUACGAUUUGGGAUGGAAUAAAAAUUGAAUUAUUUUUAGAGAUUCCUGCAAGUUUCAUCAAAAUAAUUAUUUACUAAAGGAAGUACAGUAUUAUGAAUAUACUCACCAAUACUUUGAAAUAUUUGUAGCCUUCACUUCUUCAGAUUUGCAAUAUUCCAAGAACUAAACAUUAUUACUCAUCACUCUUCAUAAAUUAUUGUAGGGUUUUUAAUUAUUGUAAGCUGCUACUUUAAGAAAUAUAUGACUGUUCAAUAAAUUGGUUAUUGUAUUGCCAA